UCAACGUUUCCCCUGAUCCGCCAUUUCAGUCCCAGUUACUUUCUUGUUGCACAUUAGUUUUCAAACAAUUCUGUGAUUUUUUUUACGUUUUCACCCUGAAGUGAAAAUCCUUGUUCGAGCCUCAACGUGAACUCGCUCCGAGCCAACGCCUCGAUGCUACUUAGCGGAAGUUGCUAACCUGUUAGCAUCGUUUCCCCCGGGCGGGCUGGGCGAGUCGAACCCGAAGUUUCGUGUAUGAGUCGCGGGUAGACGGAGAGGCCCUUGAAGCCUCGGACUGGAUUUCGCAGCCAUGGCCGGGAAUUUCGACGCCGAAGACCGAGGGAGCUGGUUCUGGGGGAGGCUGAGCCGCCAGGAAGGGGUGUCCCUGCUCCAGGGGCAGCGGCACGGCGUGUUCCUGGUGCGGGACUCGAUCACCAGCCCCGGGGACUACGUGCUGUCCGUGUCGGAGAACUCCAAAGUGUCCCACUACAUCAUCAACAGCAUCAGCAACAACCGGCAGUCAGGUUUGGCUCCUCCUCGGUUUCGGAUCGGGGAUCAGGAGUUCGAGGCGCUGCCGGCCCUGCUGGAGUUCUAUAAGAUCCACUACCUGGACACCACUACACUCAUAGAGCCCAUCAGCAAGGCCAAGCACACGGGCUUCGUCCCCUCUGUGGGGGUCCCGGUGCAGCCGGACGAGGCCGAGUUUGUCCGGGCACUGUUUGACUUCCCGGGAAACGACGAUGAGGACCUCCCCUUCCGCAAGGGUGACAUUCUGCGUGUGCUGGAGAAGCCUGAGGAUCAGUGGUGGAACGCCGCGAACCAGGAGGGCCGAGCCGGGAUGAUCCCCGUGCCCUACGUGGAGAAGUACCGGCCCGCCUCGCCCACCAACGCCGGUCUGGGUCCCCCUUCUGCGGGGGCAGGACAGGGGGGGCAAACUGCAGGGGUAGCGGCUAGCACAGACGGAACAGGGGCGUCGCCGCCCACCCCUGUGGGGGACCCAGGCCAGUACGCCCAGCCUGUCGUCAGCACUCAGCUUCCCAACCUGCAGAAUGGGCCUGUGUUUGCUCGAGCCAUUCAGAAGAGGGUGCCCAACGCCUACGACAAGACGGCGCUCGCUCUUGAGGUGGGAGACAUGGUGAAAGUGACCAAGAUCAACGUGAACGGCCAGUGGGAGGGCGAGUGCAAGGGCAAGCGAGGCCACUUCCCCUUCACCCACGUGCGGCUGUUGGAACAGCAGCAACCCGAGGAGGAGAGCUGAGAAGCAUCCCCUGCGCACACCCCAUGUUCGGAAAGAUUUCUACAAGCACACAGUAUAUAUGAACUUACGAGUAAAACCAAUGAGGCGCACCUGACCCUGCCAGCACAAAACGUGUGUGGGCUGAUGUUGCCUAACGUCGUCUGUCACACUAAGAGUUUACACUAAGGUUAGGCUGAUAUCGGGUCGCCUAUAUGAGCUUCUUUUUUUAAUUCAACGUCACACAUCAUCUUUGUCUUCCUCCUCGACCGUGGCCACAUGGAAAGUCUUCAUACCCAGCAAUGAAACAUUUCCAGCAAGUAGAUGGUGACAUUUAUGGAUAUUUAUUGGUGUCAAAUUUAAAUUGAAAACACUCAUGGGAAUUCUUUAUCUGCAGCUUCAUGGUGGUCCACAACUUCCAGUAACUUCAAGGCAUUUUCUUUUUUAACUUUUUGUAUAAUUGUUGUUGAGCAGGCGUAGAGGUAAAACAUUGUUUUAAGGUUCACUCAAACCUAACCUGGUUGGUUAAUGAUGACUUUCAGAUUGGUUGAUACAGCACAAGGCUCUACCUUUUUGUCUUGUUUCUAUGAUUGGGCAUUAUUUAUUCCACACUAGAUCCAGUAGCAGUCUCAACUGGGAUGGCACUGGGAGGUGGAGAACUCACCUCCACCAAGGCCCAACAGUCCCGAUCCUUUCAAUCAGGCUGCAUCAAAUUGCAGAAACUCAGAGAGACCAGUUCCCUGAUUGUUUUAAUCAGAAUCUAUGCAACCAAACUACAGUUGUAGAAAUGAACAGUUUGACAUUAGAACAAUUUCUUCAUCAAAGACCAGGGUUCUUAGUGAGUUCCCCCUCAAAAGAAGCUUCUAACAUUAUUAAUUUAAUCAGGUAUGAUUGGUGUAAAAAGCAAUGAAAGAUAUUCAGCGGAGAAGGCAUGAACAUCGACAAAUGAAAUAGUUUGAAUUAGAGUCUGACUGAUGUGAACUUUUAGGGGUUGAUGCCAAUACCAUUAUUUGAGAUUUUUAAACUUUCAAUACCAAAAUAUCAGCUGACAAACAUAUUUAUUUUUUAAAAAUUGGCAGUGAUUGGGAGAAUGUUAUCAAAUUACGACGAAGAAAUGUAAUCCAGGCUACAAAGAAAAUACAACCAAAGACAUACAAAAUUGUUCUUCAAAUAUAAACACAAAUGCACAUCUUUACUGCAUUGUUUACUCAAUCAUGAGCAGGUAACAAUACGUCUGUGGAUGAUUCAUAUCGGCUGAUUUGUGUCGGCUGAUGUUUCAUUCGGGCUCUAGUUUGAAUAUUGAUUCGGACAGUUCCAGCUGUAUCAGGCACCAGUGACCGAUAUCAGUCAAACCCUAGUUCACACCCCCCAGUAUUGAAGUCUGCACUGCACAUACAGUUACACAGCAGAGUCCACCCCCCCC